AUGGGUCGACUCGCCGACGUCGCUACGUCGGCCUACGAGUCCGUGAGGGGCCUGCUGAUGGGCAAGGCAUAUAAAUACAACGCCAUCCCUGACGAGGAGGGGGAGAGGGAUGAAGUCGAUGAGUAUCGUGAGAGCCACGCUCCAGACCCAAAACGUCGACUUUGCUACCUCACAAUCGCCGCCAUGGCUUUUGCUAUCUUCCUCUCAUUAGCCUUGGGCUUCAGUCUCGUCAGCGGCCAGGCACCGCGCAACGGGCUCGAGUCCAUCUCGCAGUUUUGGGGCCAGUACUCGCCCUUCUUCCCCGUGCCGUCCGACAUCGACACCGCCACCCCGCAGGGCUGCGAGGUCACCUUCGCGCAGGUCCUCUCCCGCCACGGCGCCCGGGACCCCACCGCCGGCAAGACGGCCACCUACAAGGCGCUCGUCGACCGCAUCCACGCCAACGUCACAAACUACGGCAAGGGCUUCGAGUUCAUCAAGACGUACCAGUACACCCUCGGCGCCGACGAGCUCACCCCCUUUGGCCAGCGCGAGCUCGUCGACUCGGGCGAGGCGUUUUACAAGCGCUACCAGCUCCUCGCGGCCGCCAACGACAUCUUCAUCCGCGCCUCGGGCCAGAACCGCGUCGUCGAGUCCGGGCUCAACUGGACCGAGGGCUUCUUCGGCGCCAAGCUCGCCGACGGUCACAGCGGUCCGGACGGCGGCAUCGUCAGCCUCAUCACAAUCAUCCCCGAGGAGAAGGGCGUCAACAACACCCUGGACCACGGCCUCUGCACCGCCUUCGAGGACGGCGCCUUCUCCAAGGUCGGCGACGAGGCGCAGGUGCCCUGGCGCGAGGCCUUUACGCCGGCCAUCACGGCCCGCCUCAACGAGAAUCUGCCUGGCGCGAACCUCACGGCCGAGGACACCAUCGCCUUCAUGCAGCUGUGUCCCUUCAACACCGUCGUCAACGGCACGCAGUCGCCGUUCUGCGACCUCUUCACGUUGGAAGAGUGGAAGGACCUAGAAUACUACGAGACGCUGGGCAAAUACUACGGCUUCAACGCGGGCAACCCCCUCGGCCCGACCCAGGGCGUCGGCUUCACCAACGAGCUCCUCGCGCGGCUGACGGGCCAGCCUGUAGUGGACCGCACGUCGACCAACGCGACGCUGGACGCCGACCCGGCCACGUUCCCGCUCGACAAGAAGCUGUACGCGGACUUCAGCCACGACAACGACAUGAUGGCGAUUUACGGCGCGCUGGGCCUGUACAACGAGACGGCGGCGCUGUCCAAGACGAACCGGACGUCGGUGGCGGAGACCAAGGGGUUCACGGCCAGUUGGACGGUGCCGUUCGCCGCGCGCAUGUACGUGGAGAAGAUGAAGUGCGGCGGAGGUUCGGACGAGGAGUUGGUCCGGGUUCUGGUGAAUGAUCGGGUGGUUCCGCUCGUCGGGUGCGGCGCGGACGGGCUUGGGCGGUGCAAGCUCGGGGCGUUUGUGGAUAGUAUGGGGUUUGCCAAGAGCGGAGGGCUCUGGGACCAGUGUUUUGUGUGA